AAAUUGGAAUGUGAGAAACUGGCAAGCGAAAAGACAGAAAUGCAGAGGCACUAUGUGAUGUAUUAUGAAAUGUCGUAUGGAUUAAACAUUGAAAUGCACAAACAGACAGAAAUCGCCAAGAGAUUGAAUACAAUUUGUGCACAAGUCAUCCCAUUUUUGUCUCAGGAACAUCAGCAGCAAGUGGCCCAAGCUGUAGAACGUGCCAAACAAGUGACCAUGGCUGAACUGAAUGCCAUCAUCGGGGUACGUGGCCUUCCAGGUCUACCUCCUACACAGCAGCAGUUGCAGGCUCAACAUCUCUCUCAUGGCCAUGGACCUCCAGUGCCUCUAACGCCACAUCCAUCAGGACUUCAGCCUCCAGGAAUCCCUCCACUCGGAAGCAGUGCUGGCCUUCUUGCCCUUUCUAGUGCUUUGGGUGGGCAGUCUCACUUGGCAAUAAAAGAUGACAAGAAGCAUCACGAUGCAGAACACCACAGAGGUGAGAGCCAGGCAAAUAAUUCUCUGUUGGUCCCGGACAGUCUGCGAAGCACAGAUAAACGCAGGAAUGGCCCUGAAUAUACCAAUGACAUCAAAAAGAGAAAGGUGGAUGAUAAGGAUUCCAGCCACUAUGACAGUGAUGGGGACAAGAGUGACGAUAACUUGGUUGUAGAUGUAUCCAAUGAGGAUCCUUCUUCCCCAAGGGCAAGUCCCACUCAUUCACCCCGUGAAAAUGGUAUAGAUAAAACCCGACUGCUGAAGAAAGACGCCUCUAGCAGUCCAGCAUCUACAGCCUCUUCAGGAAGCUCGGCUUCCCACAAAUCCAAAGAAAUGAGUUUGCAUGAAAAAGCCAGCACGCCUGUUCUGAAAUCCAGCACACCAACUCCUCGAAGUGAUGUGCCAACCCCAGGCACUAGUGCAACUCCAGGACUUCGUCCAGGCCUUGGCAAACCUCCAACAAUGGACCCUCUGGUUAACCAAGCUGCUGCAGGUUUGCGGACACCGUUGGCAGUACCAGGACCAUACCCUGCCCCAUUUGGAAUGGUACCUCAUGCUGGCAUGAACGGAGAGUUAACCAGUCCGGGGGCAGCCUAUGCCAGUCUGCACAAUAUGUCACCCCAGAUGAGUGCUGCUGCUGCUGCAGCUGCUGUGGUUGCCUAUGGAAGAUCUCCUAUGGUUGGCUUUGAUCCUCCUCCUCACAUGAGAGUACCUGGAAUCCCUCCAAAUCUAGCAGGGAUUCCUGGGGGAAAACCAGCCUACUCCUUUCACGUUACCGCAGAUGGUCAGAUGCAGCCGGUUCCUUUCCCUCCCGAUGCCCUCAUCGGUCCAGGAAUCCCUCGCCAUGCCCGCCAGAUCAACACUCCGAACCAUGGGGAAUUUGUGUGUGCAGUUACCAUCAGCAACCCCACGAGACACGUGUACACGGGUGGGAAGGGGUGCGUCAAGGUCUGGGACAUCAGCCAGCCUGGCAACAAGAGCCCUGUCUCUCAGCUGGACUGCCUGAACAGAGAUAACUACAUCCGCUCUUGUAAAUUGCUGCCUGAUGGAUGCACCCUAAUAGUUGGCGGGGAAGCCAGCACAUUAUCCAUAUGGGACCUGGCAGCACCAACUCCUCGUAUAAAAGCAGAGCUGACAUCCUCAGCCCCUGCCUGCUACGCUCUGGCUAUCAGCCCUGAUUCCAAGGUGUGCUUUUCCUGCUGCAGUGAUGGGAACAUUGCAGUGUGGGAUCUGCACAAUCAGACGCUGGUCAGGCAAUUCCAGGGCCACACAGACGGAGCCAGCUGUAUUGACAUUUCUAAUGAUGGUACCAAGCUCUGGACAGGAGGUUUGGAUAACACUGUCAGAUCCUGGGACUUGAGAGAGGGGAGACAGCUACAACAGCAUGACUUCACAUCACAGAUAUUUUCCCUUGGUUAUUGUCCUACUGGUGAAUGGCUAGCUGUGGGAAUGGAGAGCAGCAACGUAGAAGUGCUACAUGUAAAUAAACCAGACAAAUAUCAACUGCACCUUCACGAGAGUUGUGUAUUGUCACUCAAGUUUGCUUACUGUGGUAAAUGGUUUGUGAGUACUGGGAAAGAUAAUCUUCUUAAUGCAUGGAGAACUCCUUACGGAGCCAGUAUCUUCCAGUCCAAAGAAUCUUCAUCAGUGCUUAGCUGUGACAUCUCUGUGGAUGAUAAGUACAUAGUCACUGGCUCUGGAGACAAAAAGGCUACAGUCUAUGAAGUUAUCUACUGAAAAAUAUGAUGGGGAUAUAACUUUUAGAAGUUGAACUGGGCCAAAAUUGUUCUUAAUUGUAGAAGUAGAAAGGUUUUUGCCUUUUAAAAAGGAACAAAAGUAUUGAGGUUCCAGACCUUGCUAUGAAACUACUCCGAUUUUUCAAAAUAGAAGGCAACAUCCAGCAACUAAAUAUUGGCUGCGUGGACCAAACGGAACACAGAGGCAAGAUGGACAGAUGUAGCCUAGGUUUUUGAUGUAGUUUUUAAAAGCCGAGUCUACUGAAGAAUGUUGGAGCCUUUUGUUUUUUUCUUAUUUGUGACCUCAUGCAAAUUGUUCUCUUUGCCUGAAU